GAAAGGCAGGAGAGAAGAAAGGAAGGAAGAAAAGAACAAGUCAAACAAAGAUAUUGGGGAACAAUUGAUCCAUCCAUCUGUCGAUCGAUCGAUUCAUUGAUUUGACAAAUACCUCCUGAGUUCUAUCAGGCACCGUUCUUGGCACUAAGGAUAUAACAGUUAAGAGGAAGCUACUAGCAGCUGACCCUCAGCAUUUCCAGGUGACUUUGGUGUGUGCAUAUGUGAGCAUGUGUGUACAUGUGGGUGCAAGCCCUCUGUCUGCAAAGGCCUGUUGCCAGGGCACCUGUCUUCCCUAGGGUCUGAUGCUUUUAGCAUCUGACUCCUGCUCCUAUUGCAGCCCAAAAUAAGGCAGUGACCCACGGCAAGGCAGGAAUGAUUCUCAUCAGCUAAAUGAUUCUCAUCAGAGCUGGCUACAGGGCACACCCUGCUCGCUGACGACUGACUGCUGACCGCUGACUGCCUACAGGGACACCACGCAACUCUCAGCUUCCCAACAGAGGUGUUAAUCUUGAGGGUCUAAGAUUCCCUCCUGCCCACUGUGGUCCCAUCCUCUCAGGAUGAUCCCCAAGGAGCAGAAGGGGCCAGUGAUGGCUGCCAUGGGGGACCUCACUGAACCAGUCCCUACACUGGACCUGGGCAAGAAGCUGAGCGUGCCCCAGGACCUGAUGAUGGAGGAGCUGUCACUACGCAACAACAGAGGGUCCCUCCUCUUCCAGAAGAGGCAGCGCCGUGUGCAGAAGUUCACUUUUGAGUUAGCGGAAAGUCAGCGGGCGAUGCUGGCCGGAAGCGCCAGGAGGAAGGUGACUGGAACAGCGGAGCCGGGGACGGUUGCCAAUGCCAAUGGUCCCGAGGGGCAGAACUACCGCUCGGAGCUCCACAUCUUCCCGGCCUCACCCGGGGCCUCACUCGCGGGUCCCGAAGACGCCCACCCUGCAGCCGCCCCUGCGGGGUGGGUCCCCAGCCCCAGCGCCCUGGCGCCAGGCUAUGCGGCGCCGCUGAAGGGGGUCCCGCCGGAGAAGUUCAACCACACCGCCAUCCCCAAGGGCUACCGCUGCCCCUGGCAGGAGUUCGUCAGCUACCAGGACUACCAGGGCGAUGGCCGAGGUCACACCCCUAGCCCCAACGACUACCGAAAUUUCAACAAGACCCCGGUGCCAUUUGGAGGACCCUUCUUGGGGGGCACUUUUCCCAGGCCAGGCACCCCCUUCAUCCCGGAGCCCCUCAGUGGCUUGGAACUCCUCCGCCUCAGACCCAGUUUCAACAGAGUGGCCCAGGGCUGGGUCCGUAACCUCCCAGAGUCCGAGGAGCUGUAGCCCCAGCCUGAAUCUUCAAUUCCCCAGUCUUGGGGGCCUGGUAACAUCCGGAGCCAAGACUUGUGGACAGCAUUUUACAAUUUAAGAAGGGCCUUCACACACAAAACCUUGCUGCAAAUGGCCUCAGAGAUCACAAAGUUCAGUAAUCCCCAAACAUGGGUGUGCUUCAAAAUUACCUGGGGUUGUUCCAAAUACAGAUGGCUGAACGGUCACAGACUUGCAGCAUCAGAGUCUCCUGAAUCAAAGAAUCUGUAUUAUUAAUAGCAACCAGGGCCAGGCACAGUGGCUCAUACCUGUAAUCCCAGCACUUUGGGAGGCCAAGGCACAAAGAUCACAAGGUCAGAAGUUUGAGACCAGCUUGACCAACAUGGUGGAACCCUGUCUCUACUGAAAAUACACAAAUUAGCCGGGCAUGGUGGUGCAUGCCUGUAACCCCAGCUACUGGGGAGGCUGAGACAGGAGAACUGCCUGAACCCAGGAGGCAGAGGUUGCAGUGAGCUGAGAUCGCGCCACUGCACUCCAGCCUGGGCAACAGAGCGAGACUCCAUCUGAAAAAAGAAAAAAUAGCAACCAGUCCUCCAGAUGAUUCCAGCAUACCUUAUCAAUGGUUUGUGUCAUUUGGAAUUCACAUCCACACCUCUGCUCUCCCCUGCUCCCACAGUGUACACUUCCCCGGUGACAGGGUACUCCCUGGCAGCCCAUCUUCCUGUGAAUAACUCAAAUAAUUAGAAAAUGUUCCUUUUACAGAGAUGCAGUUGGUCUUCAUCUAUUCAUGCUCUAAACAAUUCCUAAGCACUGACUGUGUGCUAGACACUGUGCCAGGCCCAGUCCUCGAGGAGGAAAAGACAGUAGCGCAGACAGAAGUACAGAGCACGAAAUCAUCUUCAUUUCCUCUAAAGCAUGCUUACUGACAAUUGCGGAACCAAGUGUUGGGCAGAGGAAGGAGUCCCUAACCCUGGGUGUGGGGUGGGAUUCCAGAAGCUUCCUGGAGGAAAUGAGUGGGACCUUGGAGGAGGAGUGAGAGUCCAUGAAAAGAAGGGGUGUGAGGGGGAGGGUAUUCCUGGGAAGUGGACCAGCAUGUCCAAAAAUGUGGAACUGAGCAUGGGCGCAGGGUGUUCUGCAGAAGGAAUAAGGCUGUGCUCGAGGCGCGGGUGAGGGUAGCGUGGGGCAGGCUUUACUAAGGAAAUGGGGAAGGUUUUGGGGAUGGCUCUUUUGCAGAUUGGAGAAGGGUAAUGCCAGAAGCCAGGAAGCCUGCAAGGGACGAGGCCACGGGAAUGGAAAGAAAGGGCCGCUAGUAGGUUCUCUACAUAUCUUAUUUCUAUUU